AGAAAGAAAGAAAGAAAAAAAAGAAAAGAAAAAGAGAAGAGAAGGGAGAGAGAAGAGAGGAGAGAGAGGGAGAGACAAAGAGAGAGAGAGAGAGAGAGAGAGAGAGAGAGAGAGAGAGAGAGACUGGCUUCGGCAGAAGACGCAGUGAAAGAACGAGAAGAACAAGUGAAAAAGACUUCCUCGACGCAUCACAGCAAAGCCAGAUAA